CCCGCCCGUCCGGAGAGCAGCCGACGUGCGGGCACCGAGCGCAGCCCCGGCCCCGCUGCAGCCCGAGCCCCGGGCGGCCGUGGCUGCUAUGUGGCUUCGCGGCGCGCGGCCUCCACCGGGUAAGAGGUUUGCGCCCACGCCUGGCCAAGGCUCAGCUGCCUGAGGACUGAGGAUACUUUGCAGCCAACGGGGGGCCAAGGGCUGAACGCAACCCCUGGAAGUGCCUGGCAGUGAGGACGGAGCCAUGCGCCUGGCAGCCGCCUGCUGACCCCACCAAACUCCUGACGACAGCCGAGCAUCCCGAGCCCACAUUCCCAACAGGAGCCCUGCUGCAAAACAAAGCGUGGGGUGGGCCGGGGGGCUGCAUCGUCCCUUUCUGACCCACCUCGUGCCCCCCACGGCCUCGCAGAGCCCCCCAGUGCCUCUGCCGCCCUCCUGGGGGCUCGGCAGCCCCCUCACAGGGCUGCCCGCCCCACCGCCCUCGCCUUGGCCUCCCGCCCUGCUGGAGCGCGGCACCCUGCCGGGCGCUGCCCCCCGCGCCCCCAGGGCAUCUCCCCCCGCCCCCCCGGGGCCCUGCCUCCCGCUGGCAGAGCCAUGAAGCUGCAGGCAGUGAUGGAGAACCUGCAGCGACAGCAGCGCGCCCGGCUGCAGCAGGCUCUGGAAGCACGGCAGCAGGAGCAGCAGCAGCAGCAGCAGCAACGCUCCACACCCCCCCCGGCGCAGCCCCCGCCGGCCUCAGGACAGACCCCUGCCCGGGGACGAGGCCCUGAUCUGGCCCCAGCCCCUUUGGAGGAAGGCACAGAACCUGAGAGCGCUCACAUCCAGAGGGCACAGAUGGCUGCCCUGGCUGCCAUGCGGGCCGCAGCCGCCGGCCUCAGCCACUCAUCCAGCCCAGGGCUGUCAGAGGAGAGCCAGGAGGAGGAGGAGCGUGGUGAGGAGGAGGAAGAGGAAGAGGAUGGCGGUGGCUACCAGCAGGAGAUGGGCUCCGAGGAGGAGGAGGACCUGAAGGGCAAAUGGGAUGAAGAAGAAUUUGAAGAGGACCUGGGCGAAGAGGAGGAGGAGGAGGAGGAAGAAGAAGAAGAAGAGGAAGAAGAGGAGGAAGAAGAAGAGGAGGAAGACUAUGAGGAGGAGGAAGACAUGGGCGAGGAGGGGCUGGGCUCAGCGGAGGCGGUGCGGACAGGCACGGGGUCCCUGCUGCUCCGAAAGCCGCCGGCACCUCAGCACUGCCGGGGUGAAGCACAGCGGCUGCCGGGCGCACAGGAGCGACUCCCAGCUGGACUGGGCCCCCAGGGCCACGCACAGCUCCCACAGCCUGCACCCGACCACGGCGACUGGACCUACGAGGAGCAGUUCAAGCAGGUAGGAGCCGAGGGGACGUGGGGUUGGAGGGUUGAGCUGGGUUCGGUGCUGCUAAGAAACCGCCGGGUUCUUCUGGGGUUUGAGUCCCUCGGCUCGUUGCAGGGAGCUGGGAGAAUUGCUGGGAACGAAGGGCUUGGGGAAAAAAUGUCACUCUGGGUUUGCAAAUGUGAAGAUAGCUCUUGGGUUUGCCCUUCUCCACGUUGCUGGGGUUGUUUUGGUGGGCUCUGUGCCAGCAGAGGCUGCAGCCCUCCAAGCUCCGGACUCUCUUCCACGUGCCUGGCCGUGGGCUGCACAAACCCGAGCUCGGGGCUAAUAGAAGGAAAUAGUGUAAAGCGGGGCUCCCCGGGGGCUGCCCCGGCCCUUUGAUGUGUGUGUUUAAGUACAUCUGAGUUUAGGGCUGGGGGAAGGGGGCGAGAGCAAACAGCAGCAGAUGGGACCCAGAUGGAGAGUGUGAUGUUUUGGGAGGGGUGCAGUGGCCGCUGCCCCUCGCUCAGCUUGGGGAGGUGGGCUGGGGGCUGCUGCUGCUGGGGGAUAAGGCAGCACUGUGCCAUCCCAUUGCCUCUGUGCUGUGAGAGGAAAACGGCUGCCCAGGGCUGGAGGCUGUUGCACAACUCCCGGCCGCCCCAGCAGCGUACAGCCAGGGUUGGAGAAUUUCACAGCGUGCUGGGGCAGGGAGGAGAACGCCCUGGACUGCAUUCGCCUCCUGGGUGAGCAGUGCUGUGGGGUCUGGGGGCUGCCCUGCUGGCUCUGAUUGGGGGAGCAGCAGGACAGGAGCUGUGCGGAUCCCGCAGCGCCUGUGCACAGCUGCAGGGCUGGGAGCCUUUGCUGGAGCAGGGCCACUUGGCACCAUUUGGCACAGCACGUGGCUGAGCUCCCUGUGCUGCUGCCAUCCCCGUGCCCACCAUCCGCAGCACGGCAGGCAGCGAGGGCAGCGUUCAGCCCCUGCUGCCCCUUCCCUGGGUGCUUCACAGCAGCCCUGGUGCCUUCGGUGCUCCUCCGUAACCCCAACGUACGUCCGUGUGGGUUUUAUGAACACAUUGAACUUUUCCUGUGCUGUCUCGAGUGCGUACAUAUCCUCACCUCCUGGCGCUGCAUCGUCUUUCUUCUUGUGGUUUCUCUCUUUUGUACUUCCUGUAAUUAGAGAGUGGGGGACGUAAUCUUUUUAUCUGUGAAAAGGCUUUUAGAUACCACGGCUGUGAUCUUCCUGUUUGUCGCUGUAUGAGCGUAUCCCAGCCCUGCGCAGGGAGCUCCCGGCCGUCGGUGCCCGGCAGCACAGCGUGGGGCUCAGUCCCACCUCUCCCACCCCACAAAUGGAUACGAGGGGCCGUGCACCCAUCCCUCUGGGCACCACCGGGACAGCUUCCUGAUUGUGUUGGAAGCACCCAGCGUUGAAGGGGAAGGUGCCUGCUGCCUCCGUGCCGUGGGUGGAGGCAAGGAAGCAAAGCGCCCGCUCGGGGAGAGGCUUCCCCCGGCACGUCAGCUUGGAUCCUGGCCUCUGGAUUGAGGCCAGGGGCUGUGAGCAGCGCCUGCCCGGGAGCUCCUCCUGGCUGCCCUCCAACGCGUGCCUCCCAGCUCGCCCCGGCCCAGCUGACGGGCUGGGAAGGAGCAGCAGGAAUGUAAACACAGCGCAGGCAGGAUGCGCCCGGCUCCGGGGGGCGCGGGGGCUGCAACCUCUCUGCUCUGUGCCUUUAACCCAGUGUGGAAAGAGUCGACUGCGAACGCAGUGCUGCAGCCCAGGGAUGGAGUGGAGAGGGAUUGUGGUGCUGGGGGCAGUCCCUGGGUGCUGGGGGGGUUCUUUUAUUUGCUCACCCACCGCUCGGGGCUGUGAGCGCUGCUGUGCAGUGAUGGUGUUGCUGUGAUGGGGACGUGCAGCUUGAGGAAGGUGCUAUUUCUGGGUUCCUCUUUUCUUUAUUUUGCAGCCGAGCUCCUUGCAGGCCAGCUCUGCUGGGAUGCAGUUCCAGCAGCCCCCCACAAUCCCACCCUCCCUUUAUGGCUGCACUGCCCUGGGGGGGGCUCUGCGCUCCCCUCUGCCGAGGCACUUUAUUGACUCAUUUGGGGCAGAUUCCUGCAAAUCAGCCCUCUGGAAGCUGCUGUGCAAUGGGGCGAAGGGGAAGCGUGCGGGGUCGGGAAGCCAAUGCGUGGCACCUCCCCAUCCCUGGGGACGGCCACUGAGAGGCAGAGGUCAGCUCCUGCUGACCUGGGCGCUGCCCGUGCAGCAGCAGAACAAAGGAGCCUGCAGGG